GAACUAAAAGAUUACUUCUCCAGGCUUGGAUGUGGUCCACAAUGCGAGUGCACGGGGCAUUCUUCAUGUGCAUACUUUUACAUCUUUUUACCAAAACGGGAAUAAACAGUACAGUUGUUCCACCGACACAAGAACCAUCAAACUUCCCAACAACUCCAGUGAUAUGGACCACCACUACCACAACACCAGCAGACAACAGCACAGGAGUUGAGGGUCAGGUCCGUCUGGCCAAUGGAGGAAACAGCUCUUGCUCUGGCAGAGUGGAGAUCUUCCACAGUGGACAGUGGGGGACAGUGUGUGAUGAUUCCUGGGCCCUGGUUGAUGCUCAGGUGGUGUGCAGACAGCUGGGCUGUGGUAGGGUCCUCUCUGCACCAUCAAAUGCACAAUUUGGACAAGGAACUGGACCCAUCUGGUUGGAUGACGUCUUGUGCACAGGCAGCGAAUCACAGCUCUCUGAAUGUCGCCAUCGGGGGUUUGGAUCUCACAACUGUGGUCACCACGAGGAUGCUGGUGUCGUCUGUGAAGCUGCUUCACCAGUUAGGCUGGUCAACUCUGACAACCGCUGCUCUGGCAGAGUGGAGAUCUUCCACAGUGGACAGUGGGGGACAGUGUGUGAUGAUUCCUGGGACCUGAAUGAUGCUAAUGUUGUGUGCAGACAGCUGGACUGUGGAAGGGCUCGUUCUGCGCUCCAAAAUGCAGCAUUUGGACAGGGCAGCGGACCCAUCUGGCUGGAUGAUGUCAGAUGUUUUGGAAAUGAAUCAUCGAUUACAGACUGUAGACAUCUGGGGUUUGGAAACCACAACUGUGGUCAUAAUGAAGAUGCCAGCAUCACCUGUGAAGUUCAACCAGGAAUAAAUAGCACAGUUUUUCCACCGACACCAGAACCAUCAAAUUUCCCAACACCUCCAGUGGUAUGGACCACCACUACCACAACACCAGCAGACAACAGCACAGGAGUUGAGGGUCAGGUCCGUCUGGCCAAUGGAGGAAACAGCUCUUGCUCUGGCAGAGUGGAGAUCUUCCACAGUGGACAGUGGGGGACAGUGUGUGAUGAUUCCUGGGCCCUGGUUGAUGCUCAGGUGGUGUGCAGACAGCUGGGCUGUGGUAGGGUCCUAUCUGCACCAUCAAAUGCACAAUUUGGACAAGGAACUGGACCCAUCUGGUUGGAUGACGUCUUGUGCACAGGCAGCGAAUCACAGCUCUCUGAAUGUCGCCAUCGGGGAUAUGGAUUUCAUGACUGUAGUCACAGCGAGGAUGCUGGUGUCGUCUGUGAAGCUGCUUCACCAGUUAGGCUGGUCAACUCUGACAACCGCUGCUCUGGCAGAGUGGAGGUCUUCCACAGUGGACAGUGGGGGACAGUGUGUGAUGAUUCCUGGGACCUGAAUGAUGCUAAUGUUGUGUGCAGACAGCUGGGCUGUGGAAGGGCUCGUUCUGCGCUCCAAAAUGCAGCAUUCGGACAGGGCAGCGGACCCAUCUGGCUGGAUGAUGUCAGAUGUUUUGGAAAUGAAUCAUCGAUUACAGACUGUAGACAUCUGGGGUUUGGAAUCCACAACUGUGGUCAUAAUGAAGAUGCCAGCAUCACCUGUGAAGUUCAACCAGGAAUAAACAGCACAGUUUUUCCACCGACACCAAAACCAUCAAACUUCACAACACCUCCAGUGGUAUGGACCACCACUACCACAACACCAGCAGACAACAGCACAGGAGUUGAGGGUCAGGUCCGUCUGGCCAAUGGAGGAAACAGCUCUUGCUCUGGCAGAGUGGAGAUCUUCCACAGUGGACAGUGGGGGACAGUGUGUGAUGAUUCCUGGGCCCUGGUUGAUGCUCAGGUGGUGUGCAGACAGCUGGGCUGUGGUAGGGUCCUCUCUGCACCAUCAAAUGCACGAUUUGGACAAGGAACUGGACCCAUCUGGUUGGAUGAGGUCUCGUGCACAGGCAGUGAAUCACAGCUCUCUGAAUGUCGCCAUCAAGGAUUUGGAUUUCAUGACUGUGGUCACAGCGAGGAUGCUGGUGUCGUCUGUGAAGCUGCUUCACCAGUUAGACUGGUCAACUCUGACAACCGCUGCUCUGGCAGAGUGGAGGUCUUCCACAGUGGACAGUGGGGGACAGUGUGUGAUGAUUCCUGGGACCUGAAUGAUGCUAAUGUUGUGUGCAGACAGCUGGGCUGUGGAAGGGCUCGUUCUGCGCUCCAAAAUGCAGCAUUUGGACAGGGCAGCGGACCCAUCUGGCUGGAUGAUGUCAGAUGUUUUGGAAAUGAAUCAUCGAUUACAGACUGUAGACAUCUGGGGUUUGGAAACCACAACUGUGGUCAUAAUGAAGAUGCCAGCAUCACCUGUGAAGUUCAACCAGGAAUAAACAGCACAGUUUUUCCACCGACACCAAAACCAUCAAACUUCACAACACCUCCAGUGGUAUGGACCACCACUACCACAACACCAGCAGACAACAGCACAGGAGUUGAGGGUCAGGUCCGUCUGGCCAAUGGAGGAAACAGCUCUUGCUCUGGCAGAGUGGAGAUCUUCCACAGUGGACAGUGGGGGACAGUGUGUGAUGAUUCCUGGGCCCUGGUUGAUGCUCAGGUGGUGUGCAGACAGCUGGGCUGUGGUAGGGUCCUCUCUGCACCAUCAAAUGCACGAUUUGGACAAGGAACUGGACCCAUCUGGUUGGAUGAGGUCUCGUGCACAGGCAGUGAAUCACAGCUCUCUGAAUGUCGCCAUCGGGGAUAUGGAUUUCAUGACUGUAGUCACAGCGAGGAUGCUGGUGUCGUCUGUGAAGCUGCUUCACCAGUAAGGUUGGUCAACUCUGACAACCGCUGCUCUGGCAGAGUGGAGGUCUUCCACAGUGGACAGUGGGGGACAGUGUGUGAUGAUUCCUGGGACCUGAAUGAUGCUAACGUGGUGUGCAGACAGCUGGGCUGUGGAAGGGCUCGUUCCGCGCCCCAAAGUGCAGCAUUUGGACAGGGCAGUGGACCCAUCUGGCUGGAUGAUGUCACAUGUUUUGGAAAUGAAUCAUCAAUAACAGACUGUAGACAUCUGGGGUUUGGAAACCACAACUGUGGUCAUAAUGAAGAUGCAAGUGCUGUAUGUGAAGUUCAGCAACCUUCACUUCAGCCCACCCAACUUAUCUGUGGCCGUGACAAACUCCAGGUAGGACUCCUUUUGAGUAGCCUGGUUUCUGCUGGUUUGGAUCCAUUCUCUGGCAACUUGGCUUCUCGCAAUUGCUCCUGGGCCACAGUACGCAAUGAUAUUGUUUGGUACGAAGUGGAGGCUAAGGCCGGUGCCUGUGGAAACAUCUUGAGGACCAACCGCACACAUGCCAUCUACUCCAACAGUUUAUUUAUAUAUCCAACUAAUACAUCCUUUGCUGUUCCUGUGAGUCUUCCCUUCUCCUGUGCUUAUUCCCUGGACACAGACACCAGCCUGAAUGUGGCUAUCAGACCAGAGCUAUCGUUGGCAGGUGGCAUUUCAGGUUCCGGUCCAAAAGCAAGUGCCUCAAUGUAUCUGUUUCGUGACUCCAGCUACACUGAGACUUAUCCUGCAGGCAGGGUUACCCUCCCUGUGGGCUCACCGCUGUAUGUGGGUGUCUUUGUGGACAGGAGAGACCCAAGCUUUACACUUGUUCUGGAAGACUGCUUUGCCACUCAUUCAUCAAGCCCUAAUGAUCCCACACAAUACCCUCUGAUCCACAACAAGUGUCCAACAAGCCGCCAGCAGGUGUCGGUGACUGAGAGCGGCUCAUCCCUCCAGGCCCGUUUCUCUGCUCUGUUGUUCCCGUUCCAGGACGGAUACAGAGAUAUUUAUCUUCACUGUGGACUCAGCCUGUGUGACCGAAGAAUCUCCUACUGUGUUCCUAACUGCAGAAGCAGGACACAACGCUCUGUUUCCAGAUCUGCUUAUCUGAAGCCCAUCACCAUUGGACCAAUCAUUUGGGACAAGCCAGCAGAGUGACCUGUACUAUCCAGUAAUGGAAACUUAUUACUUGGAAAGAUAUAUAUAUAUUAUUUAUUCAUAGUACAUAAAAUGAAACAAUGCAUUACACUGUAUAAUUAAAGUGUACCAUUCAUUAGUUCUACUGCCAUUGUUAUCAAACUAUUAUCAAAAUCAAUAUGUCACAAUAAAAAUUAGGGCACUAACA